AUGAGGAGACUCUAUUAAAAUGGCAUUCAGCUAUUUAAUCAGAAACUAUACCAGAGAAGGUUCUUUGCCUCUGGAUUCAAGCAGACCAAAGUUUAGCAAGGAAAAGAGAAUAUCUUGAUUUCUAAUACAAUGGAAGGCAAGACCACUUGCACUGAAAGAAUGUUGUUUUAUGCUGGUGCUCUUGAAAACCCUGGUGGUAUGCAAGUUAUCUGCUUAAUAAUUUUAUCAGAGGUGCAUCACGGAAACACAGUGAUGGACUACAUGGAGUAGGAGAGAAAGCGAGGAAUCACCAUUAGAGCUGCAACUAUCGCGUUUAAUUGGUAUGGACAUCAAAUUAAUCUAAUUGACACACCUGGGCAUGUUGAUUUCACGGCUGAAGUUGAGCGGUCCUUAAGAGUUUGCGAUGGUGCAGUAGCGUUGUUUGAUGCAAUGCAGGGUGUAGAAACUCAAAGCGAAACUGUAUGGAUGCAGGCAAAUAAGUUCAAAAUCCCCAGACUUGGUUUCAUCAAUAAGCUUGAUAGACAAGGUUCAAAUAUAGUAACAACUCUAGAGAGCAUAAAGCGCAGACUCAAAGUGGAGCCCAUCUUAGUUAAUGUCCCUAGCAAUGAUAACAAUUAGCUGAAAGGAAUUAUUGAUCUACCCUCGAUGAUGCUUUAUGAAUAUCUUGACGAUAAGGGAAAGAAUGUUAACAUUGAAGAGAUUAAUAAAAAUCACACUCUCUUUAACAGAACUCUUGAAUACAGGACUUAGUUGAUAGAAUAACUAGCAAACUUUGAUGAUGAACUUGGGGAUUUAUAUCUAUCUGGAGUUCCUAUAGAGAACUUAAACUAAGAACUUAUAGAAAGAGCCAUAAGAAAUUCCUUGAUGACAUAGAAAUCAGUAGCUUUAUUCUGUGGAAGUGCUUUGAAAAAUAAAGGCAUUUAACCAUUGCUUGAUGCUGUUAUCAAAUAUCUCCCCAGUCCUGAGGAUAUUGUCGUUAAAGGAGUCAAUUAAAUCUCAUAGUAAGAAGUUACAAGGACAGCAUUGAAAAAGGAGAAAUUAUGUGCUUUGGCAUUUAAGGUAGUUAAUGACAAAGAAAAAGGACUAGUAACCUUUUUCAGAGUUUACUCUGGUUCUUUGAAGAACAAGUCAAGAAUUUUGAAUGCUAAUUUGAACAAAACAGAAAGAAUUCAGUCUUUACUCAGAGUUAGAGCAGAUGAAGCCCAACUUCUCAAUGAAAUUGGAGUAGGGGACAUCGGAGCUAUUACUGGUUGCAAAGAUAUAAGAAGUGGUGACACUCUACUUGAAGAUUUAGACGAGGAACGUAUUAUAUUAGAGGGCGUGAAGAUGCCUCCACCUGUAUUCUUCUGUUCAAUUGAGCCUGAAAACAGCAGAGACUAAUAGGAGCUUGAAGGCAUCCUGUUUAAUUUAUCUAGAGAAGAUCCUUCAAUUAGUGUAAAAAACGAUCAAGAAACUGGUCAGUUGUUAGUGAGUGGUUUAGGUGAAUUGCAUUUAGAAAUUCUGAGGGACAGAAUAGAGAUAGAAUAUGGAAUUAAAUCAGAAUUGGGUAAAAUGAGAGUAGCCUAUCGUGAGUCCAUUGCAGCUUCAUCAAGGGGAGAUCUUACUCUUGAAAAAGUGAUUGGAGGCUAGAAUCUUUAUGCCCAUAUAUCAAUGGAAAUAGAAACUACUCUAGGAGAGGUUGAUUUUUAAGAACUUCAAAAAAGAAAGUUUGACUCAAUGGUCUAUGAUGAAAACGAUAAGUCGGCCUAUCAAUUAUCAAAGGACUCUUUCAAUUUAGAUAUUGAUACUCUAGAAUCUAGCAACUUGGUUGGGAAUCUAGCACAAAAUGAAAUUACAAAUGUCUAUGAGGAACUAGAAUCCAAAUCAGAGAGAGUUAAGUUAGAAGGAGAUGAGUACGAAGCUAAAAAUAAGAGAUAGAGAGAUGUGGCAACCCAGGCUACAUUAGAAAUAUAUAGAUCACUUGAUUCACUGCCAAUUGAAAGCAAGGUAUCAAUGCAGAACGCCAUAGAAGAUUGCUUAUAAAGUGGCUCUCUUUUAGGAUAUCCAAUGGUGAAUGUUAGAGUAAAGAUUCUCGAUGGCAAGUGGAGUAAUAUUAGAAGUAGAAAUCCUAUUAUAUUCCAAAUGGGUGCGACCUAACUACUUAAGUAAUUGAUUGAUGAAGCAUAGCCAACUCUAUUGGAACCUUAUAUGAAUGUAGAAAUCUCAGUCCCUGAUCAUGUUGUAGGAAUGGUACUAUCCGAUAUCACAGGCAAAAGGGGAGGCUCUGUGAUAGGCAUCAGAAAUGUCCAAGCUAAAUUUUAUGAUGAAACUGAUUCUAAUUCUAAUAUUGUGGAUGAAAAGAAGAAAUGUGUUAAUACUCUUAUUCCUUUGUCAGAAAUGGUAGGCUACACUACAUAUUUGAGAUCAAGUACCAAAGGUGAAGGAUAGUUUGUCAUGAACUUCUCUCAUUAUGAAAAAUGUGCUGGCUAGAAAUAAGAUGAGGUUCUUAACAAUCCUUAUGAUUUUUGA